UUUGGUCCGUGCCAUUCACACUUACACUUUCGCCGCAGCUGCCGCGUGGGAGGGACGGCAGCAUAAUAACACUAUACUGAACAUUCAGUGGCAUAUCAAUAGUGGCAGUCUGUUUCUUGUUAACAUUACAUAAGCAAAGACCAGUUGUCAUAGCUUGCUCGCCAUGUGUGUGGUAAGGCAGUGAACAAGGCAGUGCGUCGGCGGGCGGCGUGUGUGCGACUCCUGUAGGUGUCGGUGCCCUCCGUGACCAUGACAGUGGUGGCCCCCGCGCCGCGCCCCAACUCCCUCCUGCCGCGGGCUCCGGCACCCUGGCGCCCGGCAGCUGCCGCAGCGCUGGGCCUGCCCGCAGCCGUUCAAAGCCUCCUGCAGCAGCUGGGAGGGACAUUCCACACCUACCACCCCUUCCGCCGCGCCAGGAACGAGGGCGGCGAGGUGGACAACAACAUUCCUCGCAGCCCCGCGCCCCUGCUGCUGCUCACCCGCAACACGCUGGUAGCGUCCUUCGGCCUGCGCAAGCUGCGGCGGUUGCUACUGUGGGCGGGAGCACCGCGGGCGGUGUCCCGUCUGGUGUCAACGGUGGCAGCCAGUGAAUGCGAGUCCCUGGGGGCGGCGCCCCUCACUGACGUGUUCGCCCAGCCCUUCUUCCAUCGAGCCGUAACGUGGCGCGUCACCUGCUGCCUGGAUCGUCAGCCCUACCUCACCACCUACGCUGCCACCUCUGCCAUCCACGGCUACUGCGUCCCUUGGGGCGGCUGGCACUGGCUUGGGUGGUCAGCAGACGCCUGGUUUUGGGUGGAUCAUCAGCAUGUCAUGAGCGUAUGGGGCGUGGUCUACGAUGACGUCACUGGCAAUGCUUUUUACCUCCUCGACACGCCCAUCGCCACGCUUGAUCAGAUACAGACGCGGCUCACGGCGUGCGGCUCCUCCGUGCCCGAGGAGCUGGUGUGGACGGUGGUGUACCAGGUGGGCGCCGCGCUGCUCCACGUGCUGCACGCCGGCCUGCCCUACACCCCGCUGGCCCUCGACAACAUCUUCCUCCUGAGGGACAGGAUUGCCCUCGAGAACAUGCUCUCGAGGAAGCACAGGAUGACGGGCUGCGGCUGUGAGUCAUGGCGGGGAUCCUCGGGCCACCAGCAGGCCACGGCCAGCGGGCCCUCGGAGCGUUGCUUCGUACACCACGUGGGCCAGGUCAUCUUCGCCUUGCUCACCUGUCAUCUGAGAUCUCAGCCUGAAGGAAACUUGCCUCCCUGCAGCCCCGUCAACACCCUACGUUCCCUAAAGCACCUGUACUCCCCAUGCCUUCUGCGCCUGUUGUCCCGUACGCUGGCCGGGGGCGUGAGUACGGCCUGGGACGUGAUGGGCGGCGGCGGGGAGGGACGUGUGGCCGUGCGUGCUUUCCAGUGGGAGACACAGUGGGAGCAGCUGGACCCGUGUCCUGAGGCUGAGUGGCCGCUGUCUGGAUCUGAGGCACUAUUCCUUGAACCUCCCCUUGCCCCUGCUCCGGGCAGCGGCUCCGCCAGCAUCACCGUCACCUGCCACCAGGCGUCAAUGGCGGUCAAGGAUGCCUCCACAGGUGCCGACGGGGAGCAGCAGCAGGGGCAUCACGACCAAUGGGAGUAUACGAUCAGGGUUUACGAAAGCAACCCACCGAUACCAGACUUCCUGUGUGACAGCUCGCCCGUCCAGCUGGCGCAGGUCGUGAGGAUGGCGGCGGAGCGAGUGGUGGCCCUGAGGGGCGGGGGCAGCCUGGCGGAGGCAGUCCGCACCUCACCACACCGCCUCAUCCAGCACGUCAUGACGGCACAGAAGAAACACCUCAAAACUAAAUAAACCUCGCCGCUCAUCAUGGCCCCAGCCAGCCAAGGGACGGCAGCCACCGACCGCUGAGUAGUGGCGACGGAUAGGAAUCUCUCCUCCCUCCCACUGCCCCACCGGCAUGUUUUCAGCCAUGUGUAGUUGUGUUAGCACCCUGUGACCCGGCCAGCAUUGAGGCUGAUGUGAGAUAAAUAAAUGAAGUGAUAUGUAAAAUGUCACUCAAGCUUUCAGUCAGAUACAUUAUCUAAGAACAGUUUGUAAUUUCAGGAGAAUGCCUCAGUAGGAAUAGAAAGGAAAUGAGACAUUUUAAGGUCAGUCUGUGGCAACAACUUGGUGAAGAGUGGGAGGAGGAUGGCGUCGGCGAGACUGAAGGUGUCAUUAAGUAGGCUGUUUGUUCCUUUGCGCUUUCUAAUCGUUUAUAUGUGUAAAAGUUUCACAAGAUCAGGUCUGUACCCGGGAGUUACCUUACCUUAGCCUGAUGAAAGAAUGAAACCACCCAGGAUAAGAUCUUUUCUCUGUAGUCAUUUUACCAGAGCCUGGCAGAGUACUGUGUUGAGCGAUGAGGCUUCACUUAUUCCGGUGUCGGUCACAACUCUUUUGCCAAACCGUCCGGCUGCGGUUCAGUCCGAGGGAAAAUUUACUGCUCCGUCCAGAGUGUGAGACUCUCACUCCACUAAAUGACCCACUCAUCAGCAUGAUGUUUUCACCUGCUGAGGACCUCGCACACGAGUCUCACGCCACCGCACUGUGGCCCUGCCCUCUGCUGAGCCGGAGCAGACUGUCGGUGCAAAACAGUGCUAAUCUUCACGUCUCGCAAUCCUUGCUUGUGAAACUGGGCGAACAACGGGUGCCUCACAGACACUACCACACCUUAGCAUCUUUAACCUUCUUCCACUUCGCCUGCCUCUGUUUACUUGAUUCGCAGGGAUCCCCGUGAGCCCCGCCGAGCUUCGUAGUGCAUAGAAAGGUCACAGCGGUACCGCUUCGCCACCCCGAGUGUUUGCCUCCUCGAACCUCACCGGUGACAGGGUAACAUGACACUUUAGUUUUGGCGUGUGUUAAAAUUAGGACAUUUUUUUGUACACUCAUAGAUUGUGCUUAGCUGUACUAACAUUCGGAAGGCGCCAAUUUUGUUUUCUUCCGAGAGUGAUCGAAAUACUGAUAUUCUGUGAUCUAAGUUAAGGACUGGAAUGUAAGCUCUGUGGUGUCUGGAAACGUCAGCAGAUCUCUCCGUGCCCUGAAGCCGCUGGUUCCCUGGGCACACUUGGCACUCUCCUUGCUCGGCACACACGGCCGCAGCACCGCAUGUCCCUCCCUCCUCUAUAAUUAUAUAGUGACCACUUAGUCCCGCCGUCCCUGUGUGGACUCCUAGAAUCUUCUUUAGGUUUAGCAAUACUAUUUAUUUUUAGAUUGUGUGAUUUUUUUGUACUUGCAACACUGCUUUUUUUCAAACUUUUACAGAUUUAAACACUUUUAUACAUGAUAUUAUAGAUUACACAUUAUGAACUAGUGACAAACACGAAUGUUCCUAUGUGGUCGCCCCGGAAGGGAGGACCUGAGCGAAUAAUGGAUUAACUCAGUGAACCUUCACGGUGAUCAUUAAAUUAAUUGUUUACCUGACAAAUACUGCACCGAACUGAUAUGUUCAUAAACGUACUAAUGUCA